CUCAACUCAUGGACUUCACGCAUUCGUGCAGCGCCGGCGAAAUUCUCUUGCGACGGAGGACCACAAUUCUCUGCGCAGCUGAAAAUUACCGGAUUUCGCCGGAGGACUUUGCGUCGGGCGCUGGCGGGACUGGGAGUCCGAAAGGAUGUGAGCUCGAAUUGGACUGUGAAGAGCACAGGACAACGGAAUUUGAUUUGAGUAUUAAGAGGGUUGGAUUUGGUGCAGGGUGCGGAGGUCGUUGGAAGAGAUGAUCGUGCAGGUGCACGGGAUCAGAUGUGGAUUUUUUCUAUCGGAUGUGCAAACCGGUGAUGGGGUUGAUAAGAGGACGCAAUGGAGGCUGGAGAGGCCAGCUCUGGCAGCUAAAUUGAAAUACCCUUCGAAAUCAAGGCUGGCUUCCGUUAGCGGAUUUCGACAAAGGCACGUCCAAACGAAUGUCCACCAUCCAAAGUAUAGAUUCUCAAUACGUGCCCUAAGAUCUAAAGAGAAUAGGAAAGGAUUUCGUUCUGACACACCUCCGGAUGAGUUUCCAAGGGGAUCAUCGAAAGGACCAAUGCCAAGCGUUGAUGAUGAAGAACUGCCAAAGAUACGAGAGUAUACAAGGCGGAAGGAAUCAUCACCUUUACGAGAAGAUGAGGAGAUAGGCGGUUGGGAAUAUCGUCAAAGCCCGUCCCGUGUAGAAAAUGGGGUUACUGCUCUGACUCAGGGUGUAAAUAGAUAUGUUCUUGGAGGAUUAUUUGUUCUGGGUAUGGGAGCUGGAAUUGCAGUUGACACCGUUUUGAAUGUGGAGCCCAACAAUAUUGCCUCGCGAGAAGUGAUCGAUAGACAGACCCCUAAUCCUGACGUGUGCAUUGCGAAUGGAAUGAGUGCUAUGGUACUCGACCAACGUCUCUUCAUCACCUUCAACCCCUUCAACGUAUACGUUUCUCAGGCGGAGGUGAAACCCGGCUGUGUAUUGCUGCAAAGUAAUUGGAGAGUGUUAGAGUCCCGGGGACUGGUGAAUUCCGAGGAAGUUCGUGAUUGCAAACGAAAUUUCAACACUUUUGGAUUUGUUGGAGAUUUGCGUCAAGCACCUGAGAUCAACUGUGUAUACCAUAGCGAGGCUGCUGAAAAUCAAUUUCUCAAGGAUCCUUCGAAAGCUGCUCUGGGUGAUGGGUUUCAACCCAAGGACUUCACUCCCGAGUGAAAAAAUCAUCUCAUACCAGAGGAUAUGUUUCUUCAUGAAAUUUAUGUUUCGAGAAGCUCGCCGAUUGAAUGAGCCUUCUAACAAUGUACACUGACAUUUCAGUAACGUAUUUGUAUAUGUUCCGUUUCUUCUGCAAUGAAAGCAGAAGAUGUAAAAUACAUAGUUGUUAGAGUAUAUUUCCAAAGAUGAGUAUAUCCCUGUUUACGUUUCGGCAGGGCUUAGUUCCUUUGGGAGUGUUGAAGGCUAAUAGUUUUGUUCCAUAUUCCAGGACAGUUGUAGCCUUGAACAUUGACAAACGUUGUACUGUCAAUGGAUUGUUUAUAUAGAACCUGGCCCGAGGGCCUAUCCAGGAAUUUACCUCUCGUUCAAGGCAGGUAGAGGCUGUAGAUGUGAUUCGAUUCCAGAGUGACGUCUCCUAUGAAUGCUCUGGAUCAGUUUACAAAGCUAUUGUGAUUUAAUGAGUCUGCAUCCGCAAAGUCAUGUCAAUACUCCAACUUCAAGGUAAAAUUUUUAAAAUAUAGGCCCAGGGUACU